AUGGCAAGAUCACGAUUCAGACCAUGCAUCGAUUUGCAUAAUGGUCAAGUAAAACAGAUCGUUGGUGGUUCUCUGAACGAAGAGAAUCCACAUGAACUUUUGACAAAUUUUGUGUCUAGCGAAAGGCCAAGUUAUUAUGCCGAGCUUUACAAGCGAUAUAAUUUAAUGGGUGCUCAUGUUAUUAAACUUGGUUCUGGAAAUGAUGAAGCUGCCAAAGAAGCUCUGAGCGCAUGGCCCGGUGGUUUGCAAAUUGGUGGUGGAAUUACUCUCGAUAAUGCUAUGGAGUGGAUUAACGCUGGUGCUGACAAGGUAAUCAUUACUUCGUACCUUUUUCCCGAUGCAAAAUUUUCACUUUCUCGAUUACAAGAAUUUUGUGAUAAAAUUGGCAAAGAAAGGAUUGUUGUUGAUGUCAGAAAGCGGGGAAAUAAAUGGAUUGUGGCUAUGAACAAAUGGCAGACUAUUACUAAUCUGGAGGUUAACAAAGAAUCGCUAGAUCUAUUGUCUAAUUAUUGCAGUGAAUUCUUAAUACAUGCAGCAGAUGUUGAAGGGUUAUGUCAGGGCAUUGAUACUGAACUUGUUGAAUGUUUAGGAAAAUGGACUACAAUACCUACAACUUAUGCAGGUGGUGCAAAUUCUAUCUCAGAUCUUGAAUUGGUUAACAAGUUAUCUAAUGGAAGGGUGGAUUUGACAUUUGGAAGUGCUUUAGAUAUUUUUGGUGGUAACAAAGUGAAGUUCGAAGAUUGUGUUGCGUGGAAUACAAAAAAUUAA